GGUGCAAAAUUAGUGUAAUUCCCCUGGAAUGAAGGAGACGUGCCAACUUCUACCAAGUGGAGCUCUGGCCCACAAUGUCUCAAAGACAUUUGCUUUUGUCUAGAAAACAAGCAAACAAAGGUUCUUCAUUUCAAUGGAAAGCAACACUUAUGUCUCUCCUUGCUCUAGAAAAGAAGGAGAUCAAAGAUGGCACAAACUCUUCUUGCAAGGCAGUGUUUCACUUCCAGACAAUUAAUAUGAUAGUAUCAGGGAAAUGGAAAUCUAUUCCCUGCUUAGGUGGUUCCCCUCAUGGACUGGAAAACUACUGGGUUUAUCAUUUUCUGUCUUUAGGCAAAAAAGACAGACUCAAUGCAAAGAGUCAAUGCCCUGUGACUGCAGUUGUUCCCAUUUUGCAAACUAGAUAAAUUAAUCACCGAAAGGGAUCAGCCUGCCCUGGCAAAGCCGGGAUUUACACCGGGAAAACCCACGGACCGUAGGAAAGGCACAGCACAAAAAGAUGGCUGCGUUGCAUGGGACCGAAGGGAGUCAUCCCAGGAUGAAAGGAGGAAGCAAAAAUAGACCCGACACACGAGUUUUGCAGAAAGUUUGCGGCGCGGGGAUGUGAAUUCUCCGCGGGCGGCUCCGGGGGUGUCACCGCCCGGACCCUCCGCUGGGCUCCUCCCCGGCCGCCACCACCACCAUGAGAGGGAGAAACAGGGAUCGCUCGGAAGGGAGCUAGAGGGGGAAAAAAAAAAAUCCAGGGGGAGAGAACAUGGAGCUGCAGUAAUUGCUGGCAGAACUAAAUUAGAGGAAUCGAUCACCAUUUUUGAUGUGAAGACUUUGUCUCUGACAUCUCUAUGCUCAUUUGGCAGCCUCCGAGAAAUAAUACAGCUCAGCAGUGGCAAUAACUGCCUUGGGUGUACACUGACAAUUAUUUGGGAAAAAACAAAGAAAACCCCAACAGCCAAAACCCACCAAACCUUUUGAAGACUUUGUGUCCAAUGACGUCAAUGGCCAGUUUGUUCUCCUUUACUAGCCCAGCCGUAAAGCGUCUGUUGGGCUGGAAACAAGGAGACGAAGAGGAAAAAUGGGCAGAAAAAGCUGUUGACGCUUUGGUAAAAAAGCUGAAAAAGAAAAAGGGUGCUAUGGAAGAGCUGGAGAAAGCCCUGAGCAGCCCAGGCCAGCCCAGCAAGUGCGUCACCAUCCCCCGCUCCUUGGAUGGGCGGCUCCAGGUGUCCCACAGGAAGGGCCUUCCCCACGUCAUUUACUGCCGCGUUUGGCGCUGGCCUGACCUCCAGAGCCAUCACGAGCUGAAGCCCUUGGAUAUUUGUGAAUUUCCUUUUGGAUCUAAACAGAAGGAAGUCUGCAUCAAUCCGUACCACUACAAGAGGGUGGAGAGCCCAGUUCUACCUCCAGUGUUAGUGCCUCGACACAGUGAAUUCAACCCCCAGCACAGCCUCCUCGUUCAGUUCAGGAACCUCAGCCACAACGAGCCCCACAUGCCACACAACGCCACCUUCCCUGACUCCUUCCAGCAGCCCAACAACACUCCAUUCUCCAUCUCCCCAAACAGCCCCUACCCCCCUUCUCCAGCCAGCAGCACUUACCCCAGCUCCCCAGCCAGCUCGGGGCCAGCCAGUCCCUUCCAGCUCCCAGCUGAUACUCCACCUCCUGCCUAUAUGCCCCCUGAUGAUCAAAUGGGGCAGGAUAAUUCCCAGUCCAUGGACACAAGCAAUACAAUGAUCCCUCAAAUCAUGCCAAAUAUAUCCACCAGAGAUGUCCAGCCCGUUGCCUACGAAGAACCCAAACACUGGUGUUCCAUCGUGUAUUAUGAGUUAAAUAAUCGUGUUGGGGAGGCCUUUCAUGCAUCUUCCACAAGUGUCUUGGUAGAUGGGUUUACAGAUCCCUCCAACAACAAGAACAGGUUCUGCUUGGGGCUGCUCUCGAAUGUAAAUCGCAACUCGACCAUCGAGAACACUCGGCGGCACAUUGGCAAAGGAGUUCAUCUCUACUAUGUUGGUGGAGAAGUCUAUGCUGAGUGUUUGAGUGAUAGCAGCAUAUUUGUACAGAGCAGGAACUGCAACUACCACCAUGGCUUUCAUCCAACAACUGUGUGCAAGAUUCCCAGUGGAUGCAGCCUGAAAAUAUUUAACAAUCAGGAGUUUGCUCAACUUUUAGCUCAGUCUGUCAACCAUGGAUUUGAAGCAGUAUAUGAGCUCACCAAAAUGUGCACCAUUCGAAUGAGUUUUGUAAAGGGCUGGGGAGCCGAGUACCACCGACAGGACGUCACGAGCACCCCGUGCUGGAUAGAGAUUCACCUCCACGGGCCCCUCCAGUGGCUGGAUAAAGUACUUACCCAAAUGGGUUCUCCUCUUAAUCCCAUCUCAUCUGUCUCAUAGUGCUGACAUUCUAUCUCCAGCCUUAUUUUUAGCGAACUUAUUCUAAUUCUAGAGCAACUUCCAGUGGAUACUGUGAGCUAUAUGGAGAAUGGAUCUUA